UUUGGACUGACGACACCCUCACUGUGAUUACUUCCAGCUACUUCCCACAAGCCAAGGUUUUGGCUAAAUUGUGCCAACUGUCCAAGUGAUGAAGUUUAACUUGUUCAAACACCAGACGACGCCCAUGGUUGCUGCGAAGCCGACGGGUGCCAGCGAGUUAAGCGUCACUCCGGCCCCCGUCGCAUUAGUCUCUGCCGAGAACACCACUGAACCAGCCAACAAGAACGAUGCCUUCGACGAAAUCAAAAACAAGUUCCUGAACGAGAUCGACAAGAUCCCAUUGCCAUCCUGGGCCAUCAUUGCCAUUGCCGUGGUCGCAGCUUUACUGAUUCUAACGUGUUGCUUCUGCAUAAUCAAGAAAUGCUGCUGCAAGAAAAAGAAGAACAAGAAGGGAAAGAAGGGCAAAGGUGACAUGGGAAUGAAGAACUUGAAAGGAGGAGAGAAACCACAGGAUGAGGACGAUGAGGAGGACGAUGUGGAGCCAGGGCUAACCGGAGAUGAAAAAGAGGAAGAAGUGAAGGAGAAAGAAAAGCUUGGAAAGCUGCAAUACUCCAUUGAUUAUGACUUCCAAGAGAACAAGCUAACAGUGGGAAUUUUGCAAGCUGCUGAUCUCCUCUCCAUGGACAGCGGAGGCACUUCAGAUCCUUAUGUCCGGGUCUACGUCCUGCCUGACAAGAAGAAAAAGUUUGACACAAAGGUUCACAAGAAAACACUCAAUCCUGUCUUCAAUGAGACUUUUACUUUUAAGAUACCAUUCCAAGAGAUGGGAGGGAAGACUCUGGUAAUGUCUGUCUUCGACUUUGAUCGCUUCUCAAAACAUGACAUCAUCGGAGAGAUCAAGACACCCAUGAACACCCUGGACUUGGCAAAGCCAAUUGAAGAGUGGAGAGACCUUGACAGCGCAGAUCAAGAAGAGCCGGAGAAGCUGGGUGACAUUUGUAUCUCCCUACGUUACGUCCCCACUGCUGGCAAACUCACCAUCUGUAUUCUGGAGGCGAAGAACCUGAAGAAAAUGGACGUGGGUGGACUAUCAGAUCCCUACGUGAAGAUUAACCUGCUGCAGAAUGGAAAGAGGCUGAAGAAGAAGAAGACAACAGUGAAGAAGAACACUUUGAAUCCAUACUACAAUGAGUCUUUCAGCUUUGAGAUUCCUCUUGAGCAAAUGCAGAAAAUCCAAGCUGUGAUCACAGUGCUGGAUUACGACAAGAUUGGCAAGAACGACGCCAUUGGGAAGAUCUGGGUGGGAAGCAAGUCUACGGGGGCCGGGCUGAAACACUGGUCUGACAUGCUGGCCAACCCCCGUCGCCCCAUUGCCCAGUGGCAUCCGCUGCAACCAGAGGAGGAGGUGGAUGCCGCCCUCGCAGCCCUGACUGCCAAGAAGUAAUACUUCCACUCUCUCCACACACCCACCUACCAUUUCCCACCUUUUCCCCAAGUCCCCCGUAUCAACGUAUAAUCCAGAAGAGCACUCCAUCUGCUCCUUUCACCAUCUGCCAACGCCACCUUUCAAAAGAUCCAUAGAAACUAUUCGACCUGAUGGGAAAUGUAGUUAAAAUAUAUCAUGUUCUAUUACCAUCACUGAGAAAAGAAGAUGAGUCACAGGAUGGACAGACGGUUCAGUUCUUUUAGAUCUAUUUUUGUACUGGGGUAGUGGUUCCAUUAUUAACAACAAAGAGUAGAUUGCUAUAAUACGAGUGCUAUAUGGGAAUAUUAUGAGAUGAAACAUACAUUCACUCAUGUUGUACUUCUCUCCCUUUAGUGACACAGUUUGCUUAGAAUAGUGCUUGAUAAUAAAAUGCUUUAUACUGCCAUAAGAUAGAGAAACAACACAAGCAGGUCCAUUCCGUGGGUGUAUCGUGCACCAUGCCCCAUGCCUGCCAGUUAUCAUCCUAGAUGAUUUUCUUAGUUUGAAGUACAUUCCUAGAAAUGGGUAGCAAACGUAGGGGUAGGCACAUAUCCAGUUACCCACAAACACUGCCUUUUUUUGAUUAGUUAACCUUCUGCCCAUCGUCUCAGGAAAACUGAGAGGAAACAGAAACUCCAUGCCUUUUUUUUUCUAAACGGGUCGUUAUUAUUCAAAUACUUGACGAGAAAGAAGUGUUGCAUUCAAAAUGUAAGAAAUAAUGAG